UUUGUGAGGUUUCUCUAGAGCGGAAUGGGGUUGGGCAGAGUGGGGGCUCUCCUUUCCCAUCCUGUAGAUCAUCGGCUAUGAGCUCCAAGAAAGACCUAUCCUUUCUGUUACCACCAGAGAAAGACACCAUUACCAAAUGGUGGUAAGACAGCCAACCAAAAGUACCAUUAUUCACCCUCUGCUGGAUGACUUCCAAAGAUGAGGAAGCGGUCUCCCAAGAACUUCAUACUGGAUCCACUUUCUUUAUUCUGAGGGGACUUUCACCCAGGCUUCUCCAUUGUGAUAUCAUGCUACUUGGGACCUUCCAGACUUGAAGUAUCUUAUAGAUCAAUGCUUAAGGGUUACUUCAUGGUCAUGCUUUAAUUCUGCUUGCUGGGGACAGCUCCACCAGACCAGCAUCUCAACACCACAUGACACUAAUCUUCUGGAAGGGUGGUAGUGAGAAUCCCAGCUGUGUUUUGAGAACCUAUAUCUUCCCUAGAGGGCUCAACCCAGCUAUCUAGAGUUGGGCCUUCAGAGGUGUUGGGUUUGUCCCCAGACUAGAGGGAUUUUUUUUUUUUGCCAAGUACCUGGAAUCUAUAUUUUCUCCAUCCAGGAGAGAACCUGGGGUCCCUGCCUCUGAGACCAGGAGUCUAGGUCUAGCCCCAACUUGAAAUACAUUCAAUGAGGUCCCAAGCUUGACAUGGGCUUCUGAGUGAGAGCAGAAACAUCUGCAUACCCCUCCCUCAACCCUCUCACUUCUCCCAUGUUGCUUUGUGUUUUACGAGACAGUUUUACGAGACUUGAUAGACCAGGCAUAUGGGUAACUGGGAGAUCUGAUUCUCAAAUGAGGUCAUUUCAGAAACGAAACACCAACAAACAAAAACCCAAACACACCCCUCCCAAAUCUACAAUGAAGAAAAUUUACUAAUUUCAACAAGCUGGAACCAUCUCUCUACUGGCUGGUGUCAGGUUAUGCUAAUUAACACCAAGUACCAAGAUUCUUGUUGCCUGGAGACAAAGUUUCACAGCGAAGGAGCUUAAGGACAAAAAAGCAGAGCCUACCUUCUAGCAGUUUCAUGUGACUUCUUCCUCAAACCCAUCACCAUCAGCUCGGGAAAAACAUUCUUCAAAUACACUCCCAUACUUAGAGACCAUGGCCAAGGGCGGGAAAAGCCCCAAGGGCAAAAAGAUCACCCUUAAUGUGGCAAAGAAUUGUAUCAAAAUCACAUUCGAUGGGAGAAAGCGUCUUGAUCUGAGCAAGAUGGGAAUCACCACCUUCCCCAAGUGUAUCUUACGGCUCAAUGAGAUAGAUGAGCUCGAUCUUAGCCGGAAUAUGAUCAGAAAAAUUCCCGACUCCAUCUCCAAGUUCCAGAAUCUGCGAUGGCUCGACCUGCACAGUAACUAUAUUGACAAACUCCCCGAGUCCAUUGGCCAGAUGACCUCCCUGCUCUUCCUCAAUGUCAGUAACAACAGGCUGACCACCAACGGGCUACCCGUGGAGCUGAACCAGCUCAAGAACAUCCGCACCGUGAAUCUGGGCCUUAACCACCUGGACAGCGUGCCCACCACACUGGGGGCACUGAAGGAGCUCCAUGAGGUGGGGCUACACGACAAUCUGCUGACCUCUAUCCCUGCCGGCAUCUCCAAGCUUCCCAAACUGAAGAAGCUCAACGUAAAGAGGAACCCCUUCCCAAAACCAGAUGAGUCAGACAUGUUUGUAGACUCCAUCAAAAGGCUAGAAAACCUCUAUCUGGUGGAAGAGAAGGAUCUGUGUUCCUCUUGCCUGCAAAAAUGCCAACAGGCCAGGGACAAGUUGAACAAAAUCAGGAGCAUGGCCCCCUCUGCACCGAGAAAGGCCAUCUUUUCCAAUUUGGUUUCACCCAACUCAACAGCCAAGGAAUCCCAGGAAGAAUGGAGGUUACGCUCACCAUCCACCUCCUAGAGUAGCUUAUGGCAAAAAACACGAAGACCAAUCAGCUAACAGAAAUAAACGACUCUGAAGAGGAAAAGUCCCAAAUUAGAAGACAGAGUGGCACAGAGAAUAUUCUGGAAGACAGGCUCUCCGGUGCUGCCCAAGUCACUGAAUCACUUUAUGAUUUUUUACUUUAUUUAUCUUGUUUCUAUGUUGCCUGUUUGUGGAAACGUCUUUGAAAGAUAUUUCAUGUGGUUUUCUAGAUGUAUAUAAAGAGAGCAUUUAAGAAGAUUGUAGAUAUACGUUGAUAGACAAUUAAAGACUUAAAAGUCUA